ACAAGUUCUAUAAACUGAUUGACCGUCAAAGAUAUCAGUAGCUGAAUAGGGCCAUCAUUAGAAGCCCAGCACUAAACCUAAUUGGGAGGGCGUGGGAUGGACAAUGGAUGCCUCAAGCCGCCGCCAGACGACGCCUAUAAAAACUGUGAGGGACUCUCCACCAGAGCACAGAAGUCAUUCGACUGCAAUGGGAGGCAGAACAGUCCGAAUGUGGAGCACAAAACUGCAGCUACUGAUCCUGCUAAGCGGAGCCCUGGUCAGUGCCCGAGCUUCGCCAACUGGAGACCAAGCGGAAGAAGUCACUGUAACCCAUCCACCACCUGAGCAACUCGAAUUGGAAUCGCGCUCGCAGAAAGAGGAUGUCUUGGAUGUGGACGAGGACCUAGAUGGCAGAAGUGCCUAUGUCAACAAUCAGUUUGUGCCCAGUGAGCCGGUGGAGCUGUUGGAGGAUGAGCAGAGUGCGCCGCUCUAUGAGAUACUUCAGAAGCAAAUGGAGCAAGUCCUGGCCUCCACAGGACCCAACGACCCCGUCUACGAGCAUAGGGAGAAGCAGGAUAGACGAGAUCAGCAGCCUCCUAAUCGACCACCCCCUCUCUUCACCAGCAGCCAUCCGAACGAUGCGGAAGUGGAUGAUGACUAUGAAGAUGGGGAGGAUCGGACGGAUUUGGGCUACAGCGAUCAAGAGAAGCCAGAUGCGGCUUCCGUGCUCGAGGAUGAUGAGCAGACCGAGACAGGCUAUCAAUUGCCACAGCCACAGAAGCCAUCAACCAGCAGUCCCAGCACCACCCGUAGACCCCACAAACGCCGCAGUACUACAGCGCAUCCGCGCAGCACUCGAGCAAGGACCUCAGCGCAACCCAGAGCCACCCCAAAGCCAGCGAACCUAACCACCAUUUCCACCACCAGCUCCAUUGAGGUGACACCACCUCUGACAACCCCGAUACCAAGGCCCAAGGCCAAUCCCAGUCCCAGUCCCAAUCCCCGGCCACUGCCGAAUCCAUCCAACAGUCUGCCCAGCGAUCCUCAGGUCUACCAGCACAAACGCCGCAUCAUUUUCAAAACCAUCUCGACGGGCUCACAGUUCAUCAACUCCCCGAUUGGUGAUCUUAUGAUUAAGUUCUCCAUCGGCUUCGCCAGGCCAGCUCAUGGUGAGGCACCAGUGCCGUCCAGCGAGGCGCUGCGUGCCCUUUCGAACAAUUUACUGCGAAACAUAGAACUCCAGAAACUGAAGAGAGCCAAUAAAGUCCAGAGAGAUUGAUAAAAUUUAGUUUGCAGCAACAUUUAUCAGAGUUUUUACUGUAAGUUAAGCAUAGACGGAUAGCCGCAGGGGGAUGCCACAAGAUCAAGCAAGCGGGAACGUUGUCAGCCACGGCAAGGGCCGUGGGCUACUUCUAUACCCAGUACUCAGUCAACAUAGAUGUGAACCUGACAAUUAUUUAACCGAAUUGGUAUCGGAGGCGAUGACUGCUGCAUGCUCUCUGUCUAUCUCUCUCUCUCUCGUGCUGAUCUCUCCCCAUAUCUCUGAAUUUUGCUGGCACUUGUCAUGAGAGAAAGAAAGGAUCCACGUCUUCUAGUUAUGAUGCAAUGUUAAUUCUUGCCCUUCGUUUAUCGCCUUUCUGAUCGAAUGACCUUUUUUUUGCGAGUUUUGAAUUAUUUUAUCUGUUUCCGCUAUAUCUGUCUCUCUCUCACGUUUAUCACAACACCAACCCAACAGGUUUCUCACACUGCACGAUUAAAAGAGAGAGAGAAAGAAUGAGUUAGCGCGUAGAUGUGGUAGCGGAGCCACCGGGUAUAAAACUUAUCAAGUGAACAGGAACAUCAUUGGCGUCGCUUCGUAUGGGUCGGUGCUCCCGCUGCGGCUAUCCUUAUCGUUGUUCUUUCGAGUCCAUCGUUUCGAUCGGUACAAGUCUUUUUAGAGUUAAUCGCUAAGCGGUUAGGAA